AUGGGCGGUAAUGGAGGCGAGGCAGUGGUUGUGUGCAGUGACAAGAGCAUGGGAACAGGGAUAACAGUAUGGGACAUAGGCACAGGGGAUCGUCUCCUUCACAUACCCUCCUGUGCUUCUCCUCCUCGUGCACUUCUGUGCCUGAGGAACCAGUUCAUUGUUGCAUCUCAGAUUCACAGGCCUGGCUCUGUUGGCGGUGGGGCCAUCUCCAUGUGGGCCUUAAACAAGCCUCAGCAGCCUCUUUGGAGCUACCCGUUGGAGGCCAUUGUAUCACUUGCAUGCACAAAGGAUGGUGUAUAUCUUGCCGGUGGUGCUCCAUCCGGAAAUGCUUAUCUUUGGGAGGUCAAUAGUGGAAAAUUGCUCAAAACUUGGCGUGCACAUUGUAAUUCUUUGAACUGCAUGCUGUUUUUUGAUGAUGGUUCUCUUCUCAUUUCUGGCGGAGACGAUGGCAUGAUCUGUGUUUGGUCUUUGAUUAGUUUGCUAGAUGUGGAAGAUUACCAAAGCUUUCCCUCGUUACUAAGUUAUUCAAUGGAUCACAAAUCCUCUAUAACUGGCCUGUCAACGACAUCAGGGAGCUCAAGAUUGGUCCUAGUAUCAAGCUCACUUGAUGGCUCAUGCAAGGUUUGGGAUUUAGGCUUGGGAAAGCUUCUGCAAACUCAAGUUUAUCCAAUAUCGAUAACUGCACUUAUUCUUAACCCAACAGAGCAGCUCUUUUUCUCUGGUAGUGUAGAUGGAAGAAUUUUCGUGAACCAACUCGAAAUUGGACUGGUGGAUGAGGACCCUUUGUUCGCUGUUGAAGAUCAAGCAGUUGUGCUAAAAGGACACAAUGUAUCUAUUACUGCAUUGACCUUCUGCCAAUCGGGUCUGAUAUCUGCAUCUGAGGAUUGCACCAUCUGCAUCUGGGAUGUCACCACUUGGGCAAUCAUUCGUAGAUUCGACCAUCAGAAAGGGGCUGUAACUAAUCUGGCAGUGAUCCCACGGUCCUCACUGCUUCCUGGGUCAAACCAACGGAGAGGGUCUGGUGUUUCCUUACUCGAGAAGUAUCCUCAGCCUGCCAACUCAUCCAGGGGAGACAUGAGUAUCGCUCUUGCUUCGCCAUGCCAAUUCCUGAAAGAGAACCAGACCUCGAUCAAUUUUCAAACCACUGACCAACAUAUAUAUGACAUGGAGAAAGAAUACACUCCUGCGUCAAUGGAAAUGAAAUUGGAACAAAGUUUAGAGGAGCGGACGUGGGCAACAAGAAUGGCAAACCAUGUCAUGGACAUGAAUAGGCACCUGCAGUCGCGGUUGUUAGAUUUGAUGCAGAGCAGCUUUUUAUUGUCCGGGUCUACUGAAAUGGAUUCACCUUCAACAAAAAAGAGAAAGACCCUCAUGCUCGAAAGUCCUCCAUUACAGGAGGAGGAGAAGCAACCCUAA